GUGCAAUUAUGUUAUGCUCUUUUCUGAUUUAGUAACUGCUUUGUCAUCUUGCAAUGAUUUAUAAUUUUAGGAAGUCGAUUUUGACGUUACUAUGCGCGUCAUGCCAUAUUCUAGUCUCAGACGCAUCUGUAAUCAACGUAGCCACAACAGUGCCUCCAGAUGUAGGAAAAAUACUAAAGGAUACAAAUAUGACUGAAGUUAGCGAGAUUCUCAAUAAGUCUAGAAGAAUCAUCGAUGGCAUUGAAUCUGUGGCAAAUAGGCCUUACAUGGUAUAUCUUCAGUUGCCGGCGAACAACCCAAAGUACCGAGACUACCGCCGAUGGCUUUGUGGUGGCGUCAUCAUCCACGAUGAAUACAUACUGACAUCCGCGGCGUGCAUCGAAGACGCCAGAAACUUCUACGUUGUUUCUGGAACAUACAAGCACAGCGAGGACUGGUCGUCAACUAACAACUUGUGCAUUAAAAAUGGCGCAAAGAAGGCGAUUUGGAAGUGUGUUCCGAGAAACUACGUGUUCGACGGUCACGAGAACGACAACAUUCGAUGGAUGAACAACGACAUCGCCGUGGUGAAGGUGGAGGACGAGUUCGACUUCGAGCGCAGGGUCCGGGGCUGCGACUAUGUGCCCAAGCCCAUCUGCUACAACAAUCGGAGUGCAACGUUCGAGAAUCCAGGCAACACGGGCAUCAUCGCCGGCUGGGGAAGCACAUUGAAAUAUGACGACUGGGUAAACUCCAACCGGAGGCAUAUGAACUUAAACGUGCUCCGAGAAACCGAAGUACACAUCAUCAGCAAGAGGAAGUGCAAACGACGCUGGGGCUCGAGAUACGCCAACAUCAUUGAUAACUAUAUGAUCUGCACUAAGGAUCUCAUUCCGGAUCUUAGUGAGGUUUGCGAGGAAAAAUACGUGGACUGCACCGACAUCAUGUACUCCGGAGAUUCGAGCGAGAAGAAGAUGCGACGAGUUAUCGAUCCCUCAUCGCUGGUGCUUCACAGCCCCUUCCACAACGAUUCUGCGCGCAGAAAAUCGUACAGCAGUGGAGGUUUCUGUGAGAACGAUCACGGCGGCCCCCUGGUAGCGGACGACGGCCGCGAGCCUUUGGUCAUCGGAAUCAUCUCUGCGUGCCUCGUGAAGGAGCGCACCAACAAGUGUUACGGCCCCUUCCUCUACACCAGCGUCUAUAAGAAUAGGGUGCUGCUCAACUGCGCUAUUUAUAAGAACACAUCCCCUGAAUGCAGCAAGAUGUACCGAUCCAGUAUAACGCACACGGAAACUGUGAUGAGCUGGGCUGAUCAUCCUGAUGGACCAGCCAAGAACGAAAUCGCUGCUUUACGAAGAGCGCAAGAAUAUAAAACCAAUGCAACACUAUUAAAUGAGGAACACUUGACAGACGGAGUAAAUGCGACUAGUGAGUUAAAUGUAACUGUUGGGGUAAAUGCGACCGCAGCUGAGACAGCAGGGUCAGAUCCGGUAAAAGAGGCACAAGCGACUACGGGGGCACACGCUGCACACAGACAGACUAAAUUUGCGGACAAAGUACAACAACACGGGGGUGUAGUGCUGAGGUCCGGUUAAUAUAUUACAAUAUGAUUGUAUUGGUUAAUAAAAUAGUUAAAAUUUA